AUGGUUUGGCAGGCAAAUAGUGAGCACCCUGUAGCAAAAGCUGCAGUGGAGCAUGCUAAGAAGCUAUGCGAGAAGCUUGGAUCCAAAGCUGAACACUUAACUGACGUAAACCACUUUGUGGUGCACCCAGGAGCGGGGGUGAGUGGAAAAGUUGGAGACAGAGAAGUCUUGGCUGGGAACAAGAGGCUUAUGAGGGAUUGCACUGUUCCAAUUGGUCACGAGGUUGAGAACUACANCAACUUUGUGGUGCACCCAGGAGCGGGGGUGAGUGGAAAAGUUGGAGACAGAGAAGUCUUGGUUGGGAGCAAGAGGCUUAUGAGGGAUUGCACUGUUCCAAUUGGUCACGAGGUUGAGAACUACAUUUCAGAGAAUGAGCAACUUGCUUGUACUUGUGUGGUAAUUGCCAUUGAUGGUAGAGUUGCUGGAGUUUUUUUUUGUGACUGCUCUGGUGAAACCUGA